AUGGUCCCACAAUACGAAGCCAUGCCUCUCCAAGUCCCCCUCCCACAGCUCUCAAAGCAAGACUUUGAACUCAAGAUCGAAGGAGUGGGUCAAUUGACCAAAACCCAUUACAAGGAGGAUAGGUUACCUUGGGAUCGAACCAUGUACAUGGCCAACGUUCGGUGGAUCGAACUCAAGGCCCAAGUAUAUGAACGCGCACACACAACACAUAUCGCUGAUGUUGAAGAAGUCAGCCAAGUUUUAUUCCAAUCCACCUCUAUUGUAUUCGGAACGGAGGAUAAUCCAUCACAUGAGACUAUUACUGAACCUCGCGUCCUCUCGCAUGUCUUCAACGUGCCUAGUCACAUGCCGAGUGCGCUCCAGUCGAAGCGCAAACGCGCUCAAGUGAUCUGGAAGCUCGUAUUCAAAGUGUAUCGCAAAGCUGGAGCUUUCAAGCGGGACAUCGCUCACGAGGCCAAAUUUCCUGCAAUCAAGAGCUACCUACCUAUCCCGGGCGUCGAGCACGAGGCUCCCUUAACAAUAGGAGGAGAUAGCCCCAAGGGUGAUAUUUCUUGGUUAUUGUCAAUUCUAUUAGUACCUCCCAAGAUCCUUGUACGCACCAGGGACACAACCAGGGCUUCCCUUGUGCUCACGGCGAAGCCUGGGCACUCAAUCAAGUCUCAACUCCGAUCCGUACAACUGGAGCUGACUGAGUAUGUGGUUGCUUCUGGAGAACCUGAUGUUCUCAUUGAUACACUUUAUCGAAAUAAAGUCGACACAUCUGGAAGCAAUAUCGAGAGCAAAGAGGGUUGCUCUUUUGAUUUCGAUUUGGUUGUCCCGAGCAAAUCAAGCCCUGACUAUACGGGAACAUUUAUGUCCGUGACGCACCGCCUUCAAGUCACCACAACAUGGAAAGGCCGUUUGCUUGAUAAAGUGACUAGCCAUCCUGUUGUAAUUGCGGCGCUCAGCCAUUCGGAGAGGCAGCGAGCAAUCGAAGAGGUGGCUCUGGUUGAAACAGCACCUUCUAUAGCUCCGCCUUCCCUGAAUGAUGACAUCCCUCCACCAUCUUAUAUUUCAACACAACGCCUGGUAAACGGGAGUUUCGUAACUCUCAUGGCUCAUCACAUGAAGACGAAAUGUCCUCAAUCUCAUACCGGUCGAACAUAG